GCUUGAAAUUUAAUUCGAUAUAAGCACGAAAUGAAAUGAAUUUGAAUUGUUACAGGUGGCGUGUCCACUGUGAAUAACUUUUUUGUUUGUUUUUUACCUCCACAGGAGUGGCUUGCCGCUUGUUUACUUUUAUUACUCCUUUAUCAUUUCACAACGUAUCCGUCUGCAUUGUGUUCAUUCAUCUAGUCGCGCAACAUCGCCGUCAUAUUUCUGGGAAGGGUCUAUAGGCUGUACGGUAGUAUAUAGUGUGUGUGAUGCUAAGAUUGAAGAUUUUGACUUACUCGUGUUAGGGAUCCCCGUGACAUAUUGCAACAGUCGGUGCUGAACCAGGACAGCUAAAAACCAUGACAACUAGCUCAACUCCAUUGAUGUCAACUAUUACCACAGAAACAACAAAUACAACUACCAGUGCACCAACGGCAGGGGCAAGAGAAUUAUAUCUACUAUGGUUGAUACCGCUUGUCGUCGUUUCGUUCCUACUCGUCUUGUUGUAUCGAUGGUGUCGAAUGCGCCUGAGAAAACGAAUGUCUGAACAACAUGGAGCCAGUGGACAAUUGUGGACAACUCCAUCUCCUCCUAUGGGAUUAUCUCCACCUGGACGAGCAAAUGAUGGACAUUUGGAGGCAAUUCGACCUCCGUCUGUGGGGAUAUCUCAACCGCAUCCUGCACCUAUGAAUGCGGAACCCAUGGUCGAUCCAGAAUCUGCUGAAGCUAUUAAAAAACGUUUACGUGGACGUGUGCAAAUAACUGCCGUUGUAGGACGUAAAGAAUCCACCACUAAAAUAAAUGGUAUAGCUGCCUACUACGUACCUAGCAAAGAGGCCUACUACAUACCAAGCAUAAAUUGCUUCUACAUACCUAGCAGAAAUACAGGAACACCUGUAGACUAUAAUGGUCCACAUUUGGGGGGAGGCUCCUCGCAGCCUGUGGGGGUAUCUCGACCUCGUCCAGCGCCUAUUGCUAUAGGACAUGCAGUGGGAUCCGUUCAAAAUCCAGCUGUGGGACCUCUUCCACCAAGAUCAAAUCAAGCAUAGUGGAGUGGACGGAGAGCAGUUUCAUCUCUCUUCAUCAACAAAACUGAAAACGUAUCUACUCUAUGGACGGACAUUCUUAUUUUGCGUGUAGGGUGGAAGCUGACGUAUGUGACCAUGAUUAGCAGAACUGAAAAAAUAUGGCAAACUA